AUGGUGUCCAAAUGUGUUAACUGUAAGAAAAGUAUAACGAAAAAGUUGCCCGGUUUGGAGUGCAUUAAGUGUGGUAUGCUAGUUCAUGGCAAAAAUGAAUGUGCAGGAUUGACAAAUAAGCAAUUGGCAGCAUUAAAAGCAGCAGAAAAUUUGGAAUGGACGUGCAACGCUUGCGCCAACUCGCCGUUCAGGAAAAGUUCAUUUAUCGUGCCCUCUGACGAUGAAGAAGAAGAAGAUCCUGUCGAUUCAGACAAUGGACUCUCACUGGACUCGAAACGCUUCAUGUCAAAGAUAACAAAAGAAAUGGAAAAAAUUCUAAAGAAAGAACUAGAAGAAACCAACCGCUCCAUGCAAUUUCUUAGUGACAAGGUGGAAGAAUGUCUUGAUAGUAUUGAAGUGUUCAAAGAAAGAAUUAAAGAAAUGGAAAAUAAAAAUUACGACCUUACAAACAGGAAUAAAUAUCUAGAAAACAGGAUGAGUGCAGUGGAACAACGGCUUAUGGAUAUGGAACAAGAUAGGCUUAGUAAAAAAGUCGAAAUAUCAGGGAUUCCAGAAAUUGAAACUGAAAAUAUACAAGAGAUAAUUACUAACACGGCUGAGAAACUUCAUUUAAAUAGAAACGACAUCGAAACAGCAAACUGGACGCGUACCGGGAAAUUAAAAAUUAUUUGUUUGGACAUGAAAACUAAAGACACGAAAAUAAAAUGGCUAACAGCAGCAAAAAAUAUUUCACUUACUCUAGGCGAAAUUAUUACGUGCAAGGAUUCGAAAAUUUCGACGAAUAAAAUAUAUAUCCGAGAGGCCCUAACACCAUUUAUUAAAAAUUUACUAUGGAAAGCCAAACAAGAACUAAAAGACAGGUAUAGAUAUAUAUGGUGCAAAAAUGGUAGAAUUUAUGCUCGCAAAACCGAUAAAAGUGAGUUACUUUAUAUUAGGUCUGAAUCAGACAUAAUGAGCAUUAAAAAAAUACCCAAUUAG